GUGGACGGGACGUUUCUUCAACAACAACAGCUAGUCAGACACCUCGGUAGCUUGUUCGCCAACAUAGCCGAAGCUUUCAAGCUCUGUAGACACUUUCGGUGUAUAUUUGCCACAGUGUUUUAAGCCAUGAGCUCGCUAAACGACUCUGCUAAAGAGGGGGUCUGCUGGACGGAGAAAGAAACUCUGGGGCUGAACAUUGUCGUGAAAGAGGAGAAGGAAGAAGAGGAUGUCACAGUUAAGAAAGAAGCAGAGGUUGAGGCUGUUACAGUGAAAGAAGUUAAAUUGACACAAGAUGAAGACGCGUUCAGAGUGAAAGAGGAGGAGGAUGUUACAGUAAAAGAAGAGGAGGAUGAGAAAGAGGAGGAUGCAGUAUUUGGAUUGGGGGAGGUGACUGUCACAGUGAAAGAAGAGGCAGAUAUUUUUGGAAUGAAGGAAGUGGGGGAGAUUACUGUCACAUUGGAAGAAGAGGAGGAGACAGGAGAUCUGAUUAACAACAGAGAAAGACCAGACUCUCACUCUGACAGUGUGAAGACUUCUUCAGGGAAACCAUACCCAGAGAUGUCCAAACCAGUGAGACAACACCACUGCUCCCAGUGUAAUAAGAGUUUUAAGUGGUUAUGGAAGCUGAAAGAGCAUGAUAGAACACACACAGGAGAAAAGCCCUUCCAAUGCUCCCAGUGUGGAAAAAGUUAUACCCAGUUAGUGAGCCUGAAAAGGCAUAAAGGAAUACACUUAGGAGAAAAGCCUUAUCACUGCUCUCAGUGUGGAAAGAGUUUUACCCAGUUAGGGAACCUGAACAAACAUAAGAGAAUACACUCUGGAGAGAAGCCUUACCCUUGCUCCCAUUGUGGAAAGAACUUUAGGUUGUCCGAUAAUCUGAAGGAGCAUGAGAGGACUCACACAGGAGAGAAACCUUACCAUUGCUCCGUGUGUGGAAAAGAUUUUACCAAGUUAGGGAACCUGAAAGAGCAUGAGAGGAAACACACGGGAGAAAAGCCUUACCACUGCUCCCAGUGUGGAAAGAUAUUUUCAAGAUCAACAGACCUUAAAAUGCAUGAGAGGACACACACAGAAGAAAAGCCUUACCACUGCUUGCAGUGUGGAAAGAGUUUUACUGACUUAGAUAGCCUGAACAUACAUAAGAUAAUACACUCUAAAGAGAAACCUUACCAUUGUUGCCAGUGUCGAAAGCGUUUUACCAAGCUAGGGAACCUGAAAAGGCAUGAGAACAUACACACACAGGGGAGGAUAAGCUCACAGUUUGGAAAGAGUUUUAGUUAGGGAACCUAAUUGUGGAAAGACAUUUUCCCUGGACAGUUUUUUGACUGUUGUUUUAUGUCACAUUAAAUCAUAUUGUUUAUUUGAAAUCUUAAUAAAAAAUAGGCUUGGUUUUGUUUCUUUUUUCCUCUGAAGGCAUGAUCAUGUCUAAAAUCAGAUUACAAUUCAUUUAUUUUUUAUUUUUUAUGGCUCCAUAAGCAACCAUUUUAAAUGUAAACACGUUAUCCAGCACAAAAUGGGUAUCAGCCAAUUAAAAUCAUUGAUUUACUUGCAGUUGACAGAAUGCUAAAUUGUACAUGUUGAAAGGACCUCAUCAUGGAUGUAUGUCAAACAGAAACAAAAACAUUUUGUCAUACUGUAUAUGCAAAAACGUGACAAUGUUGUCUAAUGUUAGUAGUCGCUAGUAGUCUAGUCAAGGAAGCAUCAAUUUAAUAUUUGAACACAACAUUUUUGUUACAGACCAAUGGAACAAAAGUAAACCUUGAAGUUGUAGGUUUAAAAUAUCCCUCUAGUGGCCAGGGUUGACCUAUUUUAAGAAAUUACAUUUGUUGGUGGAUAUGAAGUGUAAUGUUAAGUCUUAGAUAUGCUGAUUAAUGAUUUGUUCCAGGUGAGGUUAGCAUUGGGGCAUUUAUCUGAUGAGACCAGCUACAAUUUAGUGUUCUGUCAUGUGCAAUUAAAUCAACCAUUUUAGUUGGCUGAUAUUCAUUUUGUGCCGGAAAAAUUGUUUUACAUUUAAACGGUUGCUUAUGUUCGCAACUAUGGACUCAGUGUAUUUCUGGACUCUAACCUCAUGAAUUUAGUCUUGGUUUUAUUUGUUUCAUUUAAUUAAUUUGUGUACUAGGACUCUAUUCAGUCUGUACAGCUGAAGUGUUUAAGGUAAUUUCGGAUUGAGCCGACAUAUGCAGGGUUUACCUUGAAUGCAGUCUCCACUAAAGCGGUAACAUUGCCUUUAAAUUUCAAUAACGCUGUAAAGCUGAACUGCCGCGAUGCGGAUUGAUUGUAGCCUCAACCCCGCAGCACACCCACAGCAAUUGAUUAAUGGACUGCUGAAUGUAUUUUUACCCCUUGCUUUGUCUGCUCUUUUCAAUAUUAUGUCUAUCUCUGAUAAGCUAACCAGGAAAGGGCUGACAAUAGCCCAUAUUAAUAUAUGUAGCCUUAAAAAUAAGUUUCAUGAAAUGAAUAACUUGCUAACAUCAGAUAACAUUCAUAUAUUAGACAUUUCUGAGACUCACUUAGAUCAUUAAUUUGAUGAUACAUCAAUGGCAGUACAAUGAUAUAACAUUUAUAGAAGAGACAUAAAUGCUUAUGGUGGAGGUGUUGCUGUAUAUAUUCAGAGCCAUAUCCCUGUAAUGCUUAGAGAAGAUCUUAUAUCAAGUGUUAUUGAAGUGUUGUGGUUGCAGGUUCACUUGGCACAUCUAAAGCCUUUUCUUUUGGGGUGUAGCUAUAGGCCACCAGGUGCUAACAGUCCGUAUCUAAAUAAUAUAUGUGAAAUGUUUGAUAGUGUAUGUGAUGUAAACAGAGAGGUCUACUUUCUUGGGGACCUGAAUAUUGACUGGUUUUCAUCAAGCUGUUUACUCAUGAGGAAGCUUCUUACUGUAACCAGUGCCUGUAAUCUGGUUCAGGUUAUUAAUCAACCUACCAGGGUGUUUACAAACACUACAGGGAAAGGUUCAUCCACAUCUAUCAAUCACAUUUUUACUAAUGCUGUAGAACUUUGUUCUACACUAUAUCCGUACCCACUGGAUGCAGUGAUCACAGUAUAGUGGCUAUAUCCAGGAAAGCCAAAGUUCCAACAGCUGGGCCUAAGA